AUGGUAGAUGUUAAAAGCAUGGUGAGCAACGGCCAGCGUCUUGAGGGUCAUUCCAAGACCCGGGCCGCCGCCCACAACCAGAGAAUUUACCUCGCCGCUGAAGAGCUCGACCCUACAUCGCGGACUGUGAAGGGUGUCUACCACGGACUACGACGACGGCCAGUGGGCAACAAACUGGCGGCGCUCUACCCGUGGACGGUGUGGGCCCACGUUCACGCUGCUUUCCCGUCAGCAGCCUUUGGUACAAAGCCAUUAACAGAGUUCUCUCCACCAAUGAAAAGGGUCCUGAUUACUGACGCUCCUCACUCUCGGAAGCCGCGCUGGGAUCUUGUGCAGCUGCUUCGUCCUCGUCUCGCCGUGUACAAUACCUAUUUGGUCCGCGGCGGGUUCCAGCCGCGCCUUCCGACUUCACUGCCGCCCCCAGGGCAGCAGCAGCAGCCGUCGCCGCUACCACGCCGACAGCCCGUCCCGUUGAUGCCUCCCGCGCAGCUUCAGUCGCCACCGCCUUCGGAGCUGAUGGACGUCGACCCCUCAGCCGGGCCGCCUUCCCAAGCGGUGGCUGUGCAGCCUGUCCUGCAGCCGCUUUCCUUGGGCACCCCCAAGGAGUCUGACACCGCAGCGCCUUGUCCGGCGCCCACUCGGCAGCCGUCGGCGCAGCGUCAGGAGACGCUGCCUCUCUUCGUGGGUCCCGACGCCCCGUCGCGUCCAGCACCAGAAGCUGCGCCCGUGGUCACAGGCGUGCACCCUGACCUCGGUUUUCAGUCGGUGUUUCCCGAGGCCCCGCGCAGCCAAUGCUGGGGAGGAGGCAAGGAGGAGGAGGAGGCAAGGAGGAGGAGGAGGCAAGGAGGAGGAGGAGGCAAGGAGGAGGAGGAGGAGGAGGCAAGGAGGAGGAGGAGGCAAGGAGGAGGAGGAGGCAAGGAGGAGGAGGAGGCAAGGAGGAGGAGGAGGAGGAGGCAAGGAGGAGGAGGAGGCAAGGAGGAGGAGGAGGAGGAGGCAAGGAGGAGGAGGAGGCAAGGAGGAGGAGGAGGCAAGGAGGAGGAGGAGGAGGAGGCAAGGAGGAGGAGGAGGAGGCAAGGAGGAGGAGGAGGAGGCAAGGAGGAGGAGGAGGAGGCAAGGAGGAGGAGGAGGAGGCAAGGAGGAGGAGGAGGAGGCAAGGAGGAGGAGGAGGAGGCAAGGAGGAGGAGGAGGAGGCAAGGAGGAGGAGGAGGAGGAGGCAAGGAGGAGGAGGAGGAGGAGGCAAGGAGGAGGAGGAGGAGGAGGCAAGGAGGAGGAGGAGGAGGAGGCAAGGAGGAGGAGGAGGAGGAGGCAAGGAGGAGGAGGAGGAGGAGGCAAGGAGGAGGAGGAGGAGGAGGCAAGGAGGAGGAGGAGGAGGAGGCAAGGAGGAGGAGGAGGCAAGGAGGAGGAGGAGGAGGAGGCAAGAAGGAGGAUGAGGAGGCAAGAAGGAGGAUGAGGAGGCAAGAAGGAGGAUGA